AUGGAAGGAAAUGAUGCUGGUAUUCUUUCACCAGUUUCCGAUUCUGCUUUGGAACAAGUCAAGAAGAUUUUCAACUGGGACACUGCCUCAAAACCAGAAAUUAACAAACAAAAGAAGCAAACUCAAAUUUUGCGUUUCCAAAUGGCUCCACGUGAUACAGGAAGUGCACCAGUUCAAAUUGCUGUCCUUACUGAACGUAUCAAGGCUCUCACUGAACAUUUGAAAACCAACCACAAGGAUUAUGCUUCAUCAAGAAAAUUGCAAGUGAUAGUCAAUAGAAGAAAGAGAAUGAUGAGAUAUUUGAAGAGGACAAAUCCUGAUACUUAUUGGGAAACCGUUCGUAACUUGGAUAUGAAGAUUAGUUUGGUAGAUUAA